AUGGAAGAUAGUGAAUUACAAUAAACUAUAGCAGGGUAAAGAAAGAAUUCUCAAAUAGAUGAUAUUUAACACCCUCGAACAACAGUAAAGAUUGAUAUAAAGAAUAGUGGUAACGAUUAAAUAAAAAUGUUCUUUGUUUGAUAUUAUUUUUAAAUAUAGUGGGUAUAGUGUUAUUAAUAGUUGGGUAUAGCAAUGAAAUAAUUUAUAAUUAGAGGUUUUUUAUAUGGAGAAGGAGUAUAAGGAGUUAUUGCAAUGUUUGUAUUAGGUGGCAUAUGUUUGCUCCCUGGAAUAUAUGCAUUGCAUCAUAUUAUAAAAGCAUUUAGAGCUAAGACAGUAGAUGAAAGAGAUAGAGCAUUAGAAGACGUUCCAGAAUGA